AUGGCGAUCGACGACCACAUCACCGACCCCUCGCUGGCAUCGGCCGUCGAGACGUCCGGGGCCGCGCGGGAGCAGGCGCAGGCGCUCGUCGACCUGGUCGCGCAGGCCAUCGCCGCCAACACCGCCGGGCCCCUCCCCGCCGACGCCCUGACGGAGAUCUCGAAGCAGCAGAAGCUGCUCAACACCAACCUCGCCCACCUGCGGGGCCUGCACCGGGCCGCCCACUUCCGCGCGCGCGAGACCAAGAGCCAGACGGCCGAGGCGCGCCACGAGGUCGAUGUGCUGCACCUGCAGCUCCAGAACCUGUACUACGAGCAGCGGCACUUGGAGGGAGAGAUUGCCGCCUGCGAGGGGUUUGAUCACACAUACCAGCUCCUCCCGUUGAUUCCGGUAGAGGAGUUCCUAUCCCAACACCCCGAGCAUGCCGACGCCGACGAGAACGCGCUGAUGGUGGCGCGGAUCAACCAUGAGAGGGCAGAGCGCGAGACACUCGAGCAGCAGCGACUGGAACUGCAGAAGCGGAAGCAAAAGCUCAUCGCCGAGAACAAGAAGCGGAGAGACGACCUGGCGAAUCUCGACAAGGAUCUGGAAAAGUUUAUUGAUGCCGCCAAACCCAUCCAGAAGAUGUUCGAGAAGGUGGUGUGA